UGGCCCGUCCCCGCCAACGCCCCUCCUGGCUACCGCCCGGCGAGCGCCCGUCCUCCCCUCUCUCGCGUCCCGACCUUCCCCCUCGUCGACGCCUACGUCCCCGAGACGUCGUCGUCCGGCCGGCGUCACCCGCGCCAGCUCAUCCCCGACGACAUUGGCUUCCCGACGCCCGCCAUGGACGGCAAGAUCCACUCGGACGACCUCGACGACCGCCUCCUCAUGGCCACGUGCGCCGUCCUGCACGGGUUCCAGAACCGCGCCCUGUGCCCAAAGGAGGUCGCCGAGGUCAUGCUCGAGCGAGGCUGGCUCAAGAACGCCGGCACGACGCCCUUUGCGCACGUCUCGACCUGCAUCCGCACGCACGUGCAGCGCGCGACGACGUCGAGCCCGCCGUACACGCAGCUCCUCACGCCGUUCGAGCUCCUCGGCGCGCUCACGCCCGACGAGGUGCGCGCCGUCGGCCUGCACCCCGAGCAGCGACCCGCCGUCAAGCGCGGCACCCUGUGGUACCUCAACCCGCAGGUGUUCGGCCCCGGCAUUGGGUGCGACGACCCGUUCGUGCGCUGCCGCCGCGAGGCCGGCCUCGCGCCGAGCGAAAAAGGCGGCGUCUACGUGCGCGGGCUCGCGCCCCUCCAGCACGCCGCACCGCCCAUGCCGCCCGCGCUCGGGCUCAGCUCGACCUUGUUCAGCAACGUGCUCGCCGAGGAGGGCGAGGGCGGGACCGACGAGGCGGGCAUGGGUCGCGGGAGGAGGAAACGGCGCGCGUCGAGCGCCAUGAUGGCAGCCAUGGGCGGCGGCACGUCGCCGGCCGCGCCGUCGCCUCUCGGCUCGGGCACGACGACGCCGCUCGCCAUCCCGGGCCCUCGACCGUCCGCCGCGACCGCCGUCACGUCCUUCCCGCCGAUCGCGCCCGCAUCCUCCCUCCCCAUCGCUCCUGCCGCCGCCACCGCCGUCGCUUCGACCCCGACGCCAAUCUCGGUCUCGGCCUCGAGCGGGCACCACCGCCGCACGCAGUCCAUGUCGGGCUCGUCGUCGGCGCCGACCAAGAGCUCGAUCCCGCGCCUCAAGCUGCGCCUGACGGCGCUCGACGAGGGCGAGGGCGUCGACUCGGAUGGCCACACGGGCGAGGCGGCCGAGCAUCGCCGCAAGUCGAAGAAGAAGGUGCGCCGGGCCGGCAGCGAGGGCGUGAGCCGCGCCGGCAGCGUUGAGUCGAGCGCCGUCACGACCGACGACGACGACUUUCUCGGCAGCUCGAGGUCGACGGCGUUCUCGUCCAUCUCGGCGUCGGCCCUCCUCGCCCAGUCGCUCCUCGCCGCCUCGACGUCGGGCGCGCUACCUCCCUCGGCCCUGUCGCUCGCCCCGGUCGACGCCGUCUCGCCAGACUCGCUCUCGCUCGCCAACAGCGGCGCCUCGUUCCCGUUCGUCCACCACCACCACCGAGGCCGCGCCUCGGCCCCGCUCCUGUCGGUCUCGGCGCCCAACAUCUUCUCGCACCACUUUGCCAACGCGCCGUCGCCGCCCGACGUCAUCAUGGACGACGUGUCGAGCCCGUCGGCGUCGGGCGGCGACUCGCGCCCGACGACGAGCGCCGGCGGCAUCAUGUCGUCGUCGAGCGCGCUUGCCGGCGUCGGCGCCGGCCUGUCGCCGCCCGCCGACUCGCCCUCGCCUGGCGCCGACGAGGACGACUUCCACGAGGCCAUGCUGCGCGGCGACGACUUUGAGUUCGAGUGGGGCUCCGAGUCGUACACGACGGCGGGCACGAGCUCGCUCGAGACGUCGGUCGCCGUCGCCGCCGCCGACCUCGCUCGCGCCUUCUCGCAGCAGGCCAAGCAGCACGACCACGACAAGGAGGCGGCGAGCCCGAGCGCGACCGCAACGGCGGCCGACACGGACAAGGACAAGGACGACUCGGCCAUGGUCGGCGUCGACACGCCGGCGACGACGCCGCGCAGCCCGGGCAAGGAGCUCGACGGUGCCGGCGCAGACGAGGAGCAACAGCAGCAGCAGCAGCAGCGCGGCGGGCGCGAGGCGAGCGAGGCGGCGCAGCGGGCUCGAAGCGCAGCGACGACGCGAUCGAGCUCGUGCACGGUCCGCUCGGCACCAUCUCGCGCGUCGGCAUGA